AUGGUUCAACAAAACUCGGACAUUCAGUCGGCGUUCGAGCGGCAGGCAGGGCCGGAUCGGAAGCGGCUCUCCCAGGUGGAAGCGAGGACAGCCCUCUACUCACUCGGCCUCAACCCCACCAGCAUCGACGUAGCCAAGUUCUGGGCAGACCAAGAUCUACAAGAUGACGGCGAGAUAGACAUGCUUCAGUUUGAGCGGCUGCGGUGUUCCGUGGACGAGGACCCCGCACAAGCACUUCGCUGGGCCUUCAACAAGUUCGACACUAACGGUGACGGCACCAUUGACAAACACGAACUCCUGCGGAUCCUGCGGACGGUGUACGACGACGCCGAUGGCGAGUUAGUUGACGAAGAUUUCACAAGCGCGUGUCUGACAAUGGCAGACUCCAACGGCGACGGUGUACUACAGAUAGAAGAGUUCGUGGACAUGCUCAUGGCACGGUCUGGAAAGGACGGAAGUUCUAACAAUUCUACACCAACCACGUGA